AUCAAUUUUUUAAUCAAUUUAAUUUAAUUCAGGAUUUGGUUUGGUUUUUAACCAAACCAUGAACACCUGGAUGAGAUACAUGAGAUAACUCAAUCUUCCAACCAAACAACCUUUUAAGUGUUUGAUUUUGGCUAAUGUUAGAGUCUAACCUUAUCUAGGUGGAUCCCACCCAAACCUUAGCUAACCAAUUGCCUAUGGCAGCAAAUUUAGCAGUAGAAAUCUGAAAAGUCCACAUAUUCAGCUACCGUCGCCGCCGGUGAAACGUCGGAGUUAUUUUCCGGUGUUCCAAAAAUACCAAUUGAUCUAUAAAGAUGGCGCUGAAAUUAUACGUAGAUCGUAUGUCCCAGCCUUCUCGCGCAGUUAUCAUCUUCUGCAAGUUAAAUGGAAUAGACUUUGAGGAGGUACGCAUAAAUCUCUCCAAGCGUGAGCAGUUGUCUCCUGAAUUUAAAGAAAUUAACCCCAUGAAGCAAGUACCAGCUAUAAUGGAUGGAAGAUUUAAGCUUUCCGAAAGUCAUGCAAUUCUUAAAUAUCUGGCUUGUGCAUUUCCAGGAAUUGCAGAUCAUUGGUACCCAGCUGACUUAUACAAAAGAGCAAAGGUAGACUCUGUGUUGGAUUGGCAUCACUCUAACUUGCGUCGUGGUGCAGCUGCAUAUGUCUUUAGUACUGUUCUCGCUCCUUCUUUUGGGUUGACUUUGAAUCCACAAGCAGCAGCAGAAGCUGAGAAAGUCCUUUUGACAUCUCUUGCAAAGAUCGAGUCUGUUUGGCUCCAGAAAAAAGGACAAUUUUUGCUUGGAAGUGGCCAACCUUCAAUUGCAGAUCUUAGCUUAGUGUGUGAGCUUAUGCAACUUGAGGUUUUGGAUGAGAAGGAUCGUGAGCGGAUAAUAGGCCCAUACAAGAGAGUUUUGAAGUGGAUUGAUGACACAAAGAAUGCCAUGCAACCUCAUUUCCAAGAGGUACAUGUCAUCCUCUUCAAAGCUAAAGAGAGGUUCCAUAAGCAAAGAUCUGCAGUAGGAAGUAGCCUUCCUCAAUCGAGCAGGAAACCUGACUUACAUUCGAAGAUGUGAGCAAGCAAUUAGGAGCCAGGCGAUGCAUUGUGCUCGUAGUAUCACCAUGCACAGUGUAUAUGUGAAAGCUGAUACAGGAAGGAGAAUUCUGAUCUAAGCUUUUCUUAUUCAUUUUCUUUAUGUAUAUGUACUUAAAAAAUAAGCGUUCAAUUGAUAAUCCUAGUCCACAGAAUAUGUAAUCAGAAAAGCUGAGACUCCCGUACUCUUGGGUAUACAUCUGUUAUUUCUUCACUGUAUCAAAUGUAUGAGUUCUGAAUAUUAUCUAUGAAUGCCACUUGCAACGUGAACUA